AUGACGCGACCACACAUCAUCCGAGCUGACACGAUCGACUUGCAGAACAAGACGUCGCCCACCGCCCAAGACCAUUCACAACAGCCCGAGCACCCUGCGCCUCUGGGCAUUGGCCCCGCCGCGCCUCACCAACAGGCUGCCAUACGCAAUGUCGAGCAAGAGCGCUCGUCCGAGGAGGCGCGUCUGCAGAACGCUUGGAGCAGUGCAGGCAGUGCAAUGCACGACGACGCCGGCUCCGACGAGGAACGCACCCUAGUCAACCAGCCCGCUGACGGCCAAAGAAACACACCACAGGACGAACAGGCGAGCAAGGCGAACGGCCAUGGCCAUGCUGAUGGCGAGGGCGAUGACACAGACAUGCACGACGCCGACGUCGACGAGGACAUGGACGAUGACGAUAUGAUGGACAAAAUAUCGAGUUCGCCCUCGAUAAGUGAUGGUGGGUAUUCUCUCCCUUCUUGUUCCCCCGUGUGGCCGGCAGGACACGAGUCUUUGACUCCGGAAUCUUCGCCAAUACACUCCACAAUCGCCUCUUCUUCACCCUUCAUCCACCCGCCUGUUCACUUUCCUAUUCCCAUGAGCGCCGCUCCAAGACCACAAAGUGUCCCAGCGCGCCAUGGAUCGUCAGGAUUCGACUCUCAAGCCGAUCCGCGCCCAAUUUCCUAUCAUCCCUCUCCUUCUACCCACAACGAGUCUGCGGAGCAUCAUCCUGGUGAGUAUGCCUGGACAAGAACCGCCACCAGACCACAACACCGUGCCAUGUCCGAGGUGGAGCCUACUUCGAGCACAAAAUCGAAGCAUUUCGUCGCUGUCGAACAUCGGCUACAGAUGGCCACGGAAGAGGACUCGACGGGCCUGACCUCCAAUGUGCAUGAAAAUAGGCUACAUACCAUGCUGUUGCCUAUGCCUCGGCUGGCCAGCAUGGAGGUCGAGGAUUAUCUUGUCGAGUCAACCGAUACGACCGCAAGUCCACCUCGGACCGUUAAUGGCACGCCCCCGCCCACAAAAGUCAGUGUUGCCGAUGAGGACUCAUGGACCACUGACAGUGAGGCUGACUCCUGGGACGAGAACUUGGACCACAACGACGAUGAUGCAUCCAAAGACGUUUUCUUUUCCCAUGACCCCAGAUUUGUCGACUCAGGAUGGGGAGGCGAAUGCUUACGAGAAACAGAGGAAAUCGAUUUCGAAUUCGUUUACGCACUGCACACGUUCGUUGCUACUGUCGAAGGUCAAGCGAAUGCGACCAAGGGUGAUACAAUGGUACUGUUGGACGACAGCAACAGCUACUGGUGGCUUGUACGAGUAGUGAAAGACAGCAGUAUCGGUUACUUGCCCGCAGAACAUAUCGAAACACCUACAGAGCGCCUCGCACGUCUCAACAAACACAGAAACAUCGAUCUGUCGGCCACCAUGCUCGGCGAUACGGCUGAAAAAUCGAAGAAUCCCCUGAAAAAGGCUAUGCGACGAAGAAAUGCGAAGACUGUACAGUUCGCUCCGCCGACCUAUGUAGAAGCAUCAGAUUACGACUACUCUUCGGAUGAAGGCGAAGGUGAGCUGUUUGGUGGUCCGGAACCUAAGCAAGACCAGCAGCAGCAAGUACAGAAAACCGACGGCGAGCCUGAAGAAGGCCUGCAGGUGCAACCUCUGAAAGUCAACGGCGGCAAGAGGGAUGGGGACGGUCAACCUGAUGGUGAGCUGCGAGGCUCGAGCGAAUCUGCCAAACGAGAGGACGGCAAAGCGAAGACGAGCGAAGACGACGUCGAUCGGCCGCUGGACCCCAAGGUGUCACGGAAUGGCACACUGCGCAAUACCGACUCCUUCUUCAAGGACGAAAACACCGAAACGAGAAAAAUCACGCUCACGCCCAAUCUACUACGGGACGAUUCAAGCACUUCGACAACAGGUUCCAAGGAACGCGGGCCUAGCCUUGAAAGUUUGGAGAAGAUUGGCUUUGCCGACAAGGUCAAGAAGGACGAUAAGAAGAAGGAAAAGAAGACGGGCAUGCUGAGCGGGCUCUUCAAGCGCAAGGACAAGAAAUCCAAGGGCUCACUUGAUUCUGUCGAUAGUGACAUGGAGCGGGCAGACGAAUCAGAAAGCAACGCACCACAGUCCAAAGGUUUGGAAGAUUCACCAGAACGACCGUCGACUGCAGACGCAGCGGCAGCAACAGGGCCCGUCAGGCAAUCAAGUAUGAACAAGCUUCAGAAGAGUCAGCGCAGCCGCGAUGAUUCACCGCAGAAGACCAAAGGGAUUUUGAAGAUCAACAGCCGAGUGGAAAGCCCAGUGCAAAUAGAAACACAAUCAGAAGAGGCAGCCGACAAAAAGCCCACUGGACAGGAAACUGCGCCAACGAUGCGCGUCGUUCCAUCAGACCAAGACGACGAAAGCAAUGCCAUGACCAGCAAACCCACGUCGCCAGAAGGACUUACAGCUAUGACUGUAGUGAACUCGUUAAAUCCAUUCAGCAAUGGCCCAAGGACACAUCUGAAUGGAGAACCAAAACCAGAAAAAGUGAAGCAGUCAAAACAGCGCAUGUUACUAGACGAUUUCGAUUCGUCUUCCGACGAGAGCACCGAUCCCUUCGCCGAUCCUUAUGCGCAGUCAAAGUGUACACAGCCUCAGGAAUCCGGAGCCACGGGUCGUCUGUCCGAAUCCCCCGUCCACGUCUCAGCUGCGGAUGCGCAACCUCCAAGCCAGGCUGAUGCCUCCCAAACCCUCCCUCACGAAACCGAUCCCCGCCAACCUCCCGCUCUCACCACCGACAAUUCAAGUCAGGAAACCAGCUCUCCAGUUUCAACCCCCGAUCACGACAGUCCCAUGAAGACCAUCCCGGAGAAUAGCACUCUGACGAGCUUCCAACCGCACACUGAACCCGACCUUACGACCCAGACUUCUCAAUCCGCCGGUCCACCGCCUCCAUUACGCCCUGCGCCCGUUCCCGACACCAACCGGGAGCGCGAACCAUCGCCUCCUGACUCCUCGUCUUCCUCAAUCCUCCCCGAAUGGUCUGACGCCUGUCUCCGCGCGUACCUCGAAGACGGAAGUGAUAUCCGCGAUAUGCUACUUGUUGUCAACGACACUACAGGAGUCAUGCCCGUGAGCCGCGAACAUCCGUUUAUGAAGACGUUGUUUGUACAGGAGGAGCAAAGGAUGAAGAGUUUGAGUAGUGAGUUGGAUGGGCUGCUCAAGGGACUGAUGGACAAGAGAAUGAAGAGGGUUGGGAGCGGCAAGAGCACGAACAGUAUGGAAAGAGUGAGGAGUCGGAGUGCGAGUGGGAGUUUGAGGGUAGGGAGGUAG